AUGACAGAGGUAUAUAAAGGUGUAUAUAAUAUAAGUGUAAAUGUAUGCAAAUGUGAGGACAAACAGUUCACCAAUACUUUCGCCGUUCAUCUCAGACCAGAGAAAUGUGACGAAACCUCUGCCAAACAAUUGGCACUAAGAUAUGGAUAUCAAUACAACGGACAGAUCAUUGACUGUCACUAUUCAAUGCUCGUCCAUCACAUCGCCGAGAGGUCCGCAGAUUAUUCACAUUCACACCACUCUCAGCUUAGCGAAGACAAUGAUGUGUUAUGGGUUGAACAGCAAGAGAUGAAGAUUCGUAAGAAGAGAGAUAACCCCAAUUCGGAGUACAGGUUCUCUGCAAAGCCAAUGCCAGACCCGCUCUAC